GAAUUUUAUUUCUGCGCCAAACGUUUCUACUAUUUCAAGUGUUAAGAGUUUUAGUGCGAUCAGAAUCAGCUUUUAGUUUUUCAUUUUGCUUGCAAUUAAAUAUGCGUGAAAUAGUUCAUAUUCAAGCUGGGCAAUGCGGUAAUCAGAUUGGAGCCAAGUUUUGGGAAGUUAUAUCGGAUGAACAUGGGAUUGAUCCUACGGGGACCUACCAUGGUGAUAGUGAUUUGCAGCUGGAAAGAAUAAAUGUUUACUAUAAUGAAGCUACUGGUGGAAAAUAUGUUCCAAGAGCUGUUUUAGUGGACUUGGAGCCCGGAACUAUGGACUCCGUUCGCUCGGGACCAUUUGGCCAACUUUUCAGACCAGAUAAUUUUGUCUUUGGUCAGAGUGGCGCAGGGAAUAAUUGGGCAAAAGGCCACUACACGGAAGGUGCAGAACUCGUCGAUUCGGUGCUGGAUGUGGUGCGAAAAGAAGCUGAAGGUUGUGAUUGUUUACAAGGCUUCCAGCUGACGCAUUCGCUUGGUGGUGGCACUGGAUCUGGUAUGGGGACACUGAUGAUCUCCAAAAUUAGGGAGGAAUAUCCAGAUCGCAUCAUGAACACUUUUAGUAUUGUACCAUCACCUAAGGUAUCGGAUACUGUAGUAGAGCCUUACAAUGCUACGCUCUCCGUUCAUCAGCUGGUCGAGAACACGGAUGAAACUUUUUGUAUUGACAAUGAGGCGUUAUAUGAUAUUUGUUUUCGUACUUUGAGAUUGACGACUCCUACUUACGGUGACCUGAACCACCUCGUCUCUGCCACUAUGUCGGGUGUGACUACCUGCCUCCGAUUCCCUGGCCAACUGAAUGCAGAUCUACGAAAAUUAGCCGUGAAUAUGGUGCCUUUCCCGCGCUUGCAUUUUUUUAUAACUGGAUUCGCUCCUCUGACAUCUAGGGGCAGCCAGCAAUAUCGAGCAUUAACGGUACCAGAAUUAACCCAGCAAAUGUUCGAUGCCAAGAACAUGAUGGCAGCGUGCGACCCUCGCCAUGGUAGAUACCUGACUGCGGCUGCCGUCUUCAGAGGGCGUAUGAGUAUGAAGGAGGUCGAUGAGCAGAUGCUUAACGUGCAAAAUAAGAAUAGCAGUUAUUUCGUGGAAUGGAUCCCAAACAAUGUUAAGACUGCUGUUUGCGAUAUUCCUCCAAGAGGCCUAAAAAUGUCGUCCACGUUUAUAGGAAACAACACUGCUAUACAAGAGCUGUUUAAACGCAUUUCUGAACAAUUCACAG